CUGAUCAGGACUGGAACCAGUUUGUGCAACCCGUUUGGAGAAUUGUGCUAUGGGCAUUCGCCUACAGUUGCAUGGUUACUGUGUCUCUGGUGGGGAACGUCGUUGUAAUUUGGAUCAUUAUGGCGCAUAAACGAAUGCGAACUGUGACCAACUAUUUUCUGUUGAACCUCGCGUUUGCUGAAGCGUCUAUGUCUGCCUUCAACACCGUUAUCAACUUCAUCUAUUCCGUGCACAACGAGUGGUACUUCGGGCUGAUGUACUGUCGCUUUCACAACUUCUUCCCCGUCGCUGCUGUCUUCGCUAGUAUCUACUCUAUGACUGCGAUAGCGGUGGACAGGUACACUGCCAUCAUCCACCCCCUGCAGCAACGCAUGUCAUCCACAGAGACCAAGGUAAUCGUGGGGGUGAUCUGGGUGCUGGCUCUGCUUCUGGCCUUCCCUCAAUACUACUACUCAGUGACCGAGGAGCUCCCUGGACGAAUCAUUUGUUACAUCGAGUGGCCCGAAUACACCGGCUGUGACUACAAAAUUCUGUACUACGUAUGUGUGACUGUGCUGAUCUACUUCCUGCCUCUGCUGGUGAUGGGCUGUGCCUACCUGGUGGUGGGCCUCACCCUCUGGGCCAGUAACAUACCUGGAGACUCCUCUGACCGCUACAAGGAGCAGCUCACUGCCAAACGCAAGGUGGUGAAGAUGAUGAUCGUGGUUGUGUGUACGUUUUCUCUCUGCUGGCUGCCCUACCACGUGUACUUCCUGCUCCACCUGUUCUUCCCCCUCCUGUUUGAGACGCUCUACAUCCAACAGGUGUACCUGGCUGUCAUGUGGCUGGCCAUGAGCUCCACCAUGUACAACCCUAUCAUCUACUGCUGUCUCAAUGACAGGUUCCGAGCUGGCUUCAAGCAGGCCUUCAGCUGCUGUCCCUGUGUCCCCACCGGUUCCUACGAGGGUCUGGAGCUUAAGUCCACACGUUACCUGCAGACCCAGGCCAGCAUGUACAAGGCCAGUCGCAUGGAGACCAACGUGUCCUCCGUGAUGCAUGUGGCUGACGACCUGGAGCCUCCCAGGUUUGGGGCCCUAUCUGUGGCCGGGUCGGCACCCAGGUGCUCCUCUCUGGACCUGACCUCUAACGGCUCUUCGUCCCGCAGUGUCUCCAAGAAUGUGUCGGAGACCUCCAGCUUCUACUCUAGCAACAACCUGCAUGAGUAGAGAGGGGAAAGGAGAAUCAGGCACCGCUAAACACUCUAUCUCACUAUACCUGCCCAUGGGGGCUGUGUUUGUGUAUGUGUGUGCACAUAUAUUCCAUCCAUGUUUGUCUUUGACCAUUUACAUAAUGUCCUUUUUUUUAAAUUUUGGGCAUCAAGUCUACCACCUGUGGCUGAGGCUUGGUUGGUUCCCCUUCAGAGGGCAGUGCGCUUAUCCAGUGGUCCUUAGUUUAAACUAAGGCAAUAAGGCAUAUCUAGGGCACACUGCCUGGUACCUGCUAUAGCCCAGAGAGAUACUGUAAGGGCUGGGUUCAUGACUGGGUAACAAGACUGGGUCAAUACGGGACAGGACUGGGUCAAUACGGGACAGGACUGGGUCAAUACGGGACAGGACUGGGUCAAUACGGGACAGGACUGGGUCAAUACAGGACAAGACUGGGUCAAUACAGGACAAGACUGGGUCAAUACAGGACAAGACUGGGUCAAUACAGGACAAGACUGGGUCAAUACAGGACAAGAUUGGGUCAAUACAGGAUAAGACUGUGUCAAUACAGGACAAGAUUGGGUCAAUACAGGACAAGACUGGGUCAAUACAGUAUAAGAUUGGGUCAAUACAGGACAAGGUUAAUACAGGACACAGCACUAACUGAACCCGAUAACAUUCACACUAUCCACACACCUUCAACAAUCAGAAUGUAUCCAAUACUUAUCUAGCAAUUGACAUUUGCUUCUAAGG